AUGAUUACUAUUUUGCCCUCCAUAUUCCCCUUAUUGUUCUCAGUCACCUCGGUAUAUGGUUCCGCUUAUACUGGAUGCUUCGAUCCCAAAGCGUUGAGAGGUGGCGGCGGUGUCAUCUAUGAUGAUCGAACCGACAACUGUCCAUUGAUCAGUCCUGGUUAUGCGCCUUACUCCAAUUCAUGGCGGUACGUCGAACAAAGUCAUAUUUAUGCUUGUAGAGGAUGGGAAGUCGCACUUGAACCACAAUUCCUCGUUGGUGAUCGUCAAUGUGGAUAUCCUAAUGUCAACGAAACGCUCAUUGAUCCUCCAGGACAGUGGACGUGGGCAGGAUGUUGGUUUCUGGAACCUUCACCAAACUGGGUACAAGUGGCGAAUAUCUCAAAUUGCCUCGCGCAUUGUGCAGCUUCUCCUUAUGCUUAUUCAAGAUAUAAUUCUGAUCUUACCAUUUCGUGUUUAUGUUCACGGUCUCAGCCACCUUACGAUUACCCUCAGGAUUGUGGCUAUGGGGAUAAUUUCUGGUAUACAAGACCUGUAUCACCCAGUGGAUUCGUCAAAAGACAACGAGAAAGAAAGGAAAAACUCAGGAGAGAUGGUCAGAAAGUCAUAGGACUGUGUCCUGAUGGUGCUAAGGCUUGUAACGUUCCUGGAAGUACCGGUACCAGUUAUGAAUGCAUCGAUAUCGAGUAUGAGUACGAGUCUUGUGGUGGAUGUGUCCACGGUGAAUUCAAUGAAGAUUCAUCUGAUGAUCUCAACAUCACCGUGACUGGAGUCGAGUAA